AUGAGCGAAACUGAGGAAGGGAUCCAAAGGGUGCAAGCUUCAUUUGGUCCUUCAUCAUCAUCAGUCUCUAAACUACAGUCGCAUGUUUCUUUCAAUCAUCUUGACGUACCACAGUUGAACACAGCCCAAUUUCGCUCCCAGAUUCGACAAUUUGCCCCAAAUUUUAUCAAUGAAAACAGCAGUAAAAGAGUCGGCAUGCCUCCGGCUCAUCCACAAAUCCGUUCACUUUCACCUCCCUCACAGAUUCCUGUUAUGCAGAGUCCUGAAACUGAAGGUUCACAUUCAAGAUCUUUAUCACAGACCUCUUUUUUCCCAGUUGAUUCUUUGCCCCAAUUGAGCCUGUCUCCAACUUCAGCGCUUACCUCUGAUCAAGUGGUAACUGAUGUGUCAAUGGAAGAUCACGAUUUGUUGCCACCUUCCUUAGGGAGGGAGAAUUCAGCCCGAAUUUCUGAGAACCUUCCACCCCGUAAGACGCACAGGCGGUCAAACAGUGAUAUUCCAUUUGGGUUUUCAACUAUCUUGCAGUCAUCACCACCAUUGAUUCCAUUAAGAGGUUCUAAGGGUCUGGAUGGAUCUGCAUCUCUAAGAAACAAUCCAGGGUCAAAGCCAGUGCAAUAUGUCAAAUGGGAAUCGAGUUGGGAGAAAACUAGUGGUGAAAGCAAUGCCAAAGGAAUUGAAGAGAGGAAAUGUGAAGGUGAAGUUGUGGAUGAUUUGUUUUCAGCCCAUACAGUCUUUAACAAUCUUGAUGGAUUAAACUCUUCUAGAGCUGAAAACCGUGAAGAUUUGGAUAGCAGAGCUAGUGGUACAAAGGCACAUGUAGGUGAUGGCAGUGAUAACGAAGCUACAAGUAGCGUAAAUGGAGGUGUCGUUAACAAUAUGCAGAGGUCAGGAAUCUCUUCGAUUUUUGAUAAAAGGGAAGGGAUCAAAAGGAGUGCUGGUGGAGACAUUGCUCCAACUAUGAGGCACUAUAGAAGUGUCUCUAUGGAUAGCAUUAUGGGGAAGAUGAACUUUGCUGAUGAAUUGCUUAAGCUGCCACCUUCUCCCGAAGGCUGCAUCAAUAAAUUCCCGCCAAGUGAUUCAAUCAAUGCAAAUUCAGACACGUUUAACUUGGAGUUUGGAAAUGGCAUGUUUAGUGGGACCGAGCUCAAGAAAAUCAUGGCUAACGAUAACCUUGCUGAGAUGGCGUUAACUGAUCCAAAGAGGGUCAAAAGGAUUUUGGCAAAUAGACAGUCAGCUGCUCGAUCCAAAGAAAGGAAAAUGCGAUACAUUGUGGAAUUAGAAAACAAGGUUCAAACUUUGCAGACAGAAACGACGUCAUUAUCUACCCAGCUUAUGUUAUUGCAGAGAGAUUCAACAAGUCUAACAAGUCAAAAUAAUGAGCUAAAGUUUCGGUUGCAAGCAAUGGAACAGCAAGCCCAGCUCCGGGAUGCUCUAAAUGAGGCUUUAACUGCGGACGUUCAACGUUUGAAGAUCAUGACUACCGAGCUAAGUGGCGAUGCCGCUAAAUUUUCUCAGCUAUCGCUCAAUCCCCAAAUGUUUCAGUUGCAUCAACAGCAACAAAAUGGGUGUGCAACAACUACGCACGAGUAAAAUCAUAAGGUCGGGGAUCGGAUAACCUCAUGAUUACGAGUAUGCUUAUGCUAAUAGUGCUAUGGUGUUGAGUUCUUUCAUUCUUUUGUUCUUUUGUAUCUCUGCAUAUUCCAACCCAUAACCCUAUCUUUAUAUGGGAUUCACCGAUUUCGUUUGGUUCGGUUUAAUUCAUGCGUCUAUUGUUAAGUAGAUUGUUU